CAUUGGUGAACCUCUGCUUAGCUGGCUCCAACCUCUUUUUAUGGACCUUGUCUGCCUCACUCCUUCUUCCUUGCCUGCCCAUUCUCAUUUCACAAGUAAAGUAGUCAGAUAGUACUAAGUAAUUCGCUUUCACACCCCCCCUUUUUUUUUCUUCUUCUUCUUCUUCUUCUUCUUUUUCAGCAAUAAAUAAAUACCCAGAUCUAAUGAUUUCACACGCUCUUCAUAAUUCUCAGAUCAUCUUUUUCUUCAUCCGUGUCAUCCAAUAAAUUCUUUGUUUGUGGUGGAUCAUCAUCAUUGUUGUUGUGAGGAUUGCAGUGGUGUAGCUAUAUAGUCAAAUUAGUCUCUAGUGAGUGAAAGUUGUAGGUUAGAUGUUGAAAUCCUUGAUGGUUGUUUGGUGAAAUGAGGUAUGUUAUCGGAGUUAGUGAACUUUUUGAAGGCCUGCUUUCGGCCGGGUUCGGAUGGAUAUGCUCGCACAACGUCGGAUGCUGGAGGUAAACAAGAUGGACUAUUAUGGUAUAAAGACUCAGGGCAGCACAUAUGUGGUGAUUUUUCGAUGGCUGUAGUUCAAGCCAAUAACUUGCUGGAAGAUCAGAGCCAGAUUGAAUCUGGUAGUUUGAGUUUGAAUGAGUCUGGCCCUCAUGGAACCUUUGUUGGUGUCUAUGAUGGACAUGGAGGUCCUGAGACGUCGCGGUUUAUCAACAAUCACCUAUUUCAACAUCUCAAGAGAUUUACUUCCGAGCAACAAUCUAUGUCAGUUGAUGUAAUCCGCAAGGCAUUCCAAGCAACAGAAGAGGGGUUUAUGUCACUGGUUUCGCAGCUGUGGUCAAUUUCACCGCAAAUUGCAGCAGUUGGGUCUUGCUGUCUUGUUGGUGUUAUUUGUAAUGGAACCCUUUAUAUAGCAAAUCUUGGUGAUUCCAGGGCUGUUUUGGGAAGAUUAGUUAAAGCAACUGGCGAGGUUUUAGCCAUGCAAUUAUCAACAGAGCACAAUGCAUCAAUAGAGUCUAUAAGACAGGAGCUUCAUUCUAUGCACCCUGAUGAUUCAAAUAUUGUUGUUUUAAAGCAUAAUGUUUGGCGUGUGAAGGGAAUUAUUCAAAUUUCUAGAUGCAUUGGCGAUGUAUAUUUGAAAAAAGCCGAGUUCAAUAGAGAACCAUUAUAUGCCAAGUUUCGAGUUCCUCAGCCGUUCAAGAGGCCAAUACUGAGCUCAGAACCAUCAAUACUAGUGCAUCAGUUGCAGCCCCAAGAUCAAUUUAUUAUAUUUGCAUCUGAUGGGCUCUGGGAGCACUUCAGCAAUCAAGAAGCAGUUGAUAUAGUUCAAAACAAUCCUCGCGCUGGAAUUGCAAGGAGGAUGGUGAAAACUGCACUUAAAGCAGCAGCAAAGAAGAGAGAAAUGAGAUAUUCAGAUUUAAAUAAAAUUGAUCGUGGAGUUCGGCGACAUUUCCAUGAUGAUAUCACUGUGAUUGUUGUGUUUCUUGACUCAAAUCUUAUGAGUAGAGCAAGCACUGUGAAGUUCCCUGGUAUUUCUGUUAGAGGAGGUGGUGUUAGCAUCCCUCACAACACAUUGGCACCUUUUACUACUACAACAGAUAAUGGUGGUACUUGAUCAUGUUUAAUUUAAUUUAAUUGGGAUCUAUACUAGUAGGAUUUAGAGUAUGUAGAAAUAUAAUUUAAAUUGCAUAUCUUUUGAAGGCAUAACAAAUUCAACCAUCUUUAACAAUCUCUGUCUGAAAGAACUGUGGUGCUUUAAUGUCCACUUCAUAAACAGGAUUUUUGUUUGUGGAGAUAUCCGAUUUAUACAAAAGAUAGUAAUAUGAUUCAGAUGAAUA